GGACGAAGGUGUCAUCAUUCCCUGCAUCUCUUCCAUCUUCCUACGUGAAAAUCAUUCCAAAUCCUCCCGCUGAUCUUCCAGAUUAUUUUAUCUUUGUAAACUGCCUCUGACACCAAGUCCAAACCAGCUUUCCCCCUCCCUCCCCUCUUCCUAAAAAGAGAGAAUUACCCCCCUCAACUGCCAACUCCGUUCAGGAUGGUCUGCAAGGUUUUCUUGGCCUGGAUUCUGUUCUGUUCCCAGGUGAUCUCCCGACCUCUGUCGUCUGAGCUGGAGAAGGAAGAUGAGAAGGUGACCAGGUGUAUUGUUGAAGUGAUUUCAGAUACACUUUCCAAACCCAACCCAUUGCCAGUCAGCAGUGAAUGCAACAAGAUCCUCAAAGAAGAUGAAAGGAUUCUGGCCAUGGUGCGUCAUCAGAACCUUCUGAAAGAGCUGGAGGAGCUGACACAUCACGAGGUGACCAGAGAAGGUGCCACCAAGAAAAGUGACAAAAAAUGGAACUACCCAGAGGAAGACAGCAUUGAACAGAGAGAAGGGGAACGCAUGAGCAGGCCACAGAUGUUGGACAAGAAAGGAUUAAGUGCUGAGAGGAGGGAUGAUGUCAGUCACCGAGAGUGGACCGAUGCUAAGAAGGAUGUCCCUUUAAAGAGAGAGGAAGAUCUGGGGGAAUAUGAAGAAAGUGAAGAAGACCUGAAGGAGCAGCGUGGUUAUAAAAUUGGCGAAGAUGACACCAAAGUAGUCCUCCACGAAAGCGAGGAAGAGCUGAGUGAGGACGAAAAGCAAAGUCCUGAGAAGAUGCACCGAGAAUCCUCCUCCGAGGAGGAUCGCUCAUCCAGGGAAGACAAGCAGGAGGACCGCGAUAUCCUCCAGAUAGACGAGCUAAUUGAGAAGAUUGCCAGGGAGGAACUGGAAGAGGAAGAUGGAAAGCGAGCCGAUGAGAAGAAGCAUCACGUCAAAGAGUACAGCUUGGAGGAGGAAGAGGAGGACUAUAGGAAGAGGGGUGAGGAAGCUCCGGGCCAUGUGAUGAAGCGAGUGGAGGAAAAUGCCAGCGAUGAAGAAACUGAUCAGUUUGAAACUGAGGAAAAGGGAGUCAAGGUCUUCGAUUCCAAGAGCCAUCUGCAUGAGACUGAUGACAAACGUUCCCUUGAGGAGAAAGCACGGGAUGAAAAGAGACACCAUUUUCUGGAAGAAGGUAUGGGUUUGAAGAGGCAUGACGAUGAGCUUGAUUACCUGGAGAAGAGGCAUCAUGGUAUUGCAGACAGUGAAGAGGUGGAGGAAGAAGAGAGGGAGGAGGAAAGGAAACUGAACUAUGAGGAACGCAGGCUGAAGAGCCUCGUGGCGAUCGAGGAGGAGCUGAAGAGCGUGGCGGAGAAGCUGAGGGAGAUCCGGAAAGGUUAAGGCGAAGAACUGAAAACCCCGCGCCUUUCUCAGUCAGUCACACGCUUCACCGGUCAACGUUCCCUCCUGUAUCCCAGCGGCGAUGUACUGUUAUCCGUCUCCAGGCUUGCAGCUGCGAGGGUGGGGUGCAGUGGUGCAUGCUGCAGUCAAACAGCCUUCUGUUCCUUGUUUACAUUGGCAGUGUCACCCACUCAUGAACAGGGGUUGGAUUUGCAGAUAGAUAGAGAGAAGUUACAUUUAACAGCCACUCCUCGAAUCACCAGGUAAAAUUUUCCUUCCCUAUAGGACAUUAGUGACCCCCAGAUGGGCUCUUGCCCCAACAAUUAUGAGCUCAGGUGUUUUGUUUUUACCUGAAUUCAAAUUCCAUGGUCUGCCCUGUGAUAGGGUUCAAAUCCAGUCCCCCCAGGAUGUUACUGGGGUCUCUAGACUCCUGGAGAUGUACAGCACAGAAACAGACCCUUCAGUCCAACUCAUCCGUGCUGACCAGAAAUCCUAAAUUAAUCUCAUCACAUUUGGCCCAUAUCCCUCCAAACCCUUCCUAUUCAUGCACCCAUCCAAAUCCUUUUAAAUGUUGUAAUUGUACCAGCCUCCACCACUUCCUCUGGCAGCUCAUUCCAUACACAUACCACCCUCUGUGUGAAAAGGUUGCCCCUUGGGUCACUUUUGUAUCUUUCCCCUCUCACCCUAAGCCUAUGGACUCCCCUACCCUAGGGAAAAGACUUUGUCUAUUUACACUAUCCAUGCCCCCUCAUGAUUUUAUAAACCUCCACAGGGUCACUCCUUAGCAGAGGUGGGGGUGUAGCACGGUGGCUCAGUGGUUAGCCCUGCUGCCUCACAGCACCAGGGACCCAGGUUUGAUUCCACCCUCGAGUGACUGUCUAUGUGGAGUUUGCACGUUCUCCCCGUGUCUGCAUGGGUUUCCUCUGGAUGCUCCAGUUUCCUCCCAUAAUCCAAAGAUGAGCAGGUCAGGGUGGAUUGGCCAUGCUAAAUUGCCCAUAGUGUUGGGUGCAUUAGUCAGAGGAGAAUGGGUCUGGGUGGGUUACUCUUCAGAAGAUCAAUGUGGACUUAUUCGGCCAAAUGGGAAUCUAAUCUAAUCAGACUCUGACACGCCAGGGAACAUAGCCCAGCCUAUUCAGCCUCUCCCUUUAGCUCCGACCCCGGUGAUAAUACAGAUGUCUGCCCUCCUGUCCAAGAGGGGAAUACAGCACAGGCCGAGGGUGGGUCAAGGAGAGAUCGAGUGAAGCUGCUUGACAUCUCUGGGCAUUGGGAAGAACGAGAGGCGAUUGCUUUAGUAUGUGUGGGUUACUGGGAAACAGGCAGGAGAUUAGCGCUGAGUCCUGGUGCUCAUUUGGUAAGCUAGUGGGGCCAGGAUGGGCUGAAUGGCCUCUUUCUACCCCAUUUAAAUCGCAGCGAUUCUGAGAGGGCG